GUUAAAAAAAACGUCUGGUUGCUAGGUAGACGGAUAACGCAAAACAAUACUAGGGAGGGAUAUGAUGAGAAGAAAGGAAGUAAAGUAGCUAGCUAGCUCGCCAGUCAGGGAAGCAUGAGAAGGAAGCGAGAUGGUGAAAGGCUUUGCUAGGUUGUAUGAUGGAAGGACUGGGAAAGGAGAGAUCCAUAUGCAGUUCUAGGCCCUUCCCAUGGCUCAGUCAUCCCGAGAAAGAGGCCUCAUCCCGGCUCUGGAAACUCACAGACUGCUUCUCCACCUCCGAGCAGCAAAACACCCCAAGUUACAACACAGACAAACAAAACGAUUACAUGGACAACAGAAAGCCAGUAUUGGAGCUGAAAGAUCUGCCUCCUCCUCCGCAUCAUACCGCUGCCUCCCAGCCCUUCCCCCUCACUCCCCUCCCUCUGCCCCCUCCCUGUCUGCCUCUUCUUCCGCAAGACUCCCUCCAACAACUACCACAACAGGGGGGUAGUCCCAAAGUAAGCGUGUGCACUCACUGUGAGCACUGCAGCACAGACCCAUUAGGUCGGGGUGGUUAUGGGGUUGUUAGUGGUGGAGGUGGCGCUAGUAUUAGUAGUGGUGUCGGUGUCAGCAGUGGUGUCCCACUCUACCUCCCUCCAAGUUCUCAGGAAGCCUCUUUCAGCAGGCUAGGAGCCAGUCAAAUAACGCCAACCACCCUCAACUCACACCCGCACUUCCCCAGCCUUGGUGGUGGUGGAGGGGAUGCUAGAGCCACACUACUCCCCUCUGGGAGCUACAAGCUCCACAUCCCCUCUGUAGACACCACGUCCCAGCCCCUAUCCUUUCAGUCUCACUCCCACCUACCAUGCUCCUGCUGUACAGGAGGCCUUCUCAGACCUCUCCACUCUUACCCCUCCAUCCCUUUACCCUACAACGAGUCUAAAUUCAUUACCACCUCCGCCCCCCUCUCUACCCCCCACCAUAGGACUGGGUAUUACCCCUGUGGUGGUGAUUACAACCCUGCCACUCUGGGGGUCCAGAGAUCAUUGGCAGCACACAGUGACCCCCACAUACCCACCUCGGGACAUAUCUGUUCUUCUAAUGCUAUGCACUUCAAUCUUGAACGCACAGUUUGUCGCACGGGGUCGCACUUCUGCCGGGAUUGUUUGACGAAGCCUGCAGACGAGUUGUGGCCUAACAUUCCUCUUCCCCCGGCCCAGUCGGCCUCAGUGCCCAUCCCCGUGUGUAACGGCUGUGGGACCUCCUCCGACGGCCUGCUACUGCUGGGGUCCAGCCUGGGCAAAUCUGCAACAAAGUAUGGUUCUCCAGAAGGUCCUGAGAACAUUCCUCCGGUGGGUGUUUUCUGGGACAUAGAGAACUGCUGCGUUCCCAGCGGUCGCUCUGCUGCAGCUGUGGUCCAGCGCCUCCGCAGCCACUUCUUCCAGGGCCACAGAGAGGCGGAGUUCAUCUGCGUCUGUGACAUCAGCAAGGAGAACAAGGCCGUCAUCCAGGAGCUCAACAACUGCCAGGUGACGGUAGCGCACAUUAACGCUACCGCCAAGAACGCUGCGGACGACAAGCUUCGUCAGAGCCUGCGGCGCUUUGCAGAAACACACACUGCCCCUGCUACUGUGGUGCUAGUCUCCUCCGACGUGAAUUUUGCCAGCGAGCUGAGCGACCUCCGGCAUCGCCAUGGUUUCCAGGUGAUCCUGGUCCAUAAGAGCGGGCAGACGUCGGACGCCCUGCUGCAGCACGCCCACCGCCACGUGGCCUUUGAAGAGAUGGUAGCUGACCUGCCGCCCAGACAGGCUGUAAAAUCACAGCUCGGUUUCAACCUGCUCUAUGUGUACAACCUGCCGUCGGGCUGCGACGGCAAGAGCGUGGGCAACCGCCUGCGCCGCCUCUCGGACAACUGCGGGGGCAAGGUGCUGGGCGUCUCCAUGGCCACCGGCACCGCCGUCCUCCGCUUCGGCUCGCAGGAAGCGGCGGAGCGCGCCCGCAAGCGCAUGGAGAACGAGGACGUGUUCGGCCGGCCCAUCACCCUCUCCUUCUCAGCUCCGUCCACUGAGGAGGGGAACGACCCGAUCCCACCACCCUCCUCAUCUGAGACUCCACCUCCGCUUCCAGUUCAACCUCUUCCCUCCUCCUCUUUUUCCUUCCUUCCCCUGGAGAAGCUGCGCUCCCCUAGGAGGAAAAGGCGUGCGAGGCGUGAGUGUCAGAGAGAGAGGGAAUCCUCGCUCCCCCUCUCCGUUCCGGUGCCUGAGAGGCCCUACAGCCCCAGGAGGGGGAGCGGGGGGACACCUUACCCCGUUCCCCCCCAAACCAGAACCCUUCCUCAGGAGCUAGGUGGACUGGAGACCAAGCCCAAGAUUGUGGGCUUCCCCCUGGAGGAAGGCCAGCGCAACUCCUCCCCCCACAGUAACGGAGAGGGGCUGUCCCAGCAGCACCCAAUCAAGGCCGGCCUCAUAGGAGAGUCUAUGUUCAGCUGCAGGAGGAGGGGCCUCUCCAGCCCCCGCAGUGCAUCUGACUCUGAGCGUCAUGUGGACCGGAGCUCUGGAGAGUUCCAGGUCAGCACCCCCUCUGCCUUCAGCAAGCUGACCCUGCACAAGACCUUUAGCGCCUCGGUCCUCCCCCAGCCACAGGGCCUCUCCCAAGGCUCCUGGUCCUCACGGAGUGGAUCCCCCUGCAUGUCGAGCCGCUCCUCCCCCCUAAUAGGCCCUCCUCCCCGGGGCAGCAGCAGCCCCUGUCUGCCCGUGGGCCCCCAGGCCUCGGAGCCAUUCUCGGACGGGGCAGAUUUACAGGUGGCCAACCUGGACUACAGGAUGUCCCGUAAGGAGCUGCAGCAGAGCCUGCACGACGCCUUCUCCAGACACGGACGGGUUAAAGGCGUGGAACUGAGUCCCCACACAGACUACCAGCUGAAGGCCACCGUCCAGAUGGUCUCUCUACAGCAGGCCAUCAGUGCUGUGAGCAGCCUGCACCGCUACAAGAUAGGAAGCAAACGCAUCCACGUCUCCCUCAUCACCGGGGCCGGCAACAAGUCUCUAGCCAUGCUCCGCUCUGAAAUCUUCCAGAUUCUCCAGGACGCGCCAGCCAGCUGUCUUCCCCUUUUCAAGUUCACUGAAAUCUACGAGAAAAAAUUUGGUCAUAAGCUGGUGGUGAGCGACCUAUACAGACUACAAGAGGUGGUGGCGGUGAGGGAGCAGGGUGGAGGCAGGCUGGUGUGUCUCCUCCCCAGUAGCCAGGCCAGGCAGAGCCCUCUGGGGUCGUCUCAGUCCCAGGAGGGGUCCUCGGCUAAUGGUAGUCCUGUGGUGUUUGAACAGUUGGAGUACCACGAGCCUGUCUGCAGUUACCACUACACACAGCAGAACUUCAGUGAGGCAGACUUUGACCCAGACUCGUAUAAGAUUCCUUUUGUGGUGGUGUCUCUGAAGACCCUGGCUUCCCAGGUCCACUGUCUGCUACAGUCCCAUGAGGGAACCCUGCCCCUGCUCAGUUUCUCCGAGUGCUAUGCAUCAGAGUUGGGCCCCCUGGCGGUGUCUGAGGAGGGGGAGGAGGAGGGGAGUGUCCCCUUGGAGCACCUCAUCACCUGUAUACCAGGCAUUAACAUCGUCACUGCUCAGAACGGCUUCAAGGUCAUCAAGUGGAUCCACAACAAGCCGCCCGCAUCCAACACAGACCAGUGGACGCAGCGGUGCAAGUCCCCGGUGGGGAACCCCCAGUUGAUCCAGUUCAGUAGAGAGCUCAUUGACCUGAUGAAGGGUCAGCCCUGCAACCUGAUGCCCAUCGGCAAGUUCAUACCUGCCUACCACCACCACUAUGCCAAGCAGUGUAGGGUCUCUGACUACGGAUACUCUAAGCUGCUGGAGCUACUGGAGGCUGUGCCUCACGUACUGCAGAUCCUUGGCAUGGGGACCAAGCGUCUGCUGACCCUGACCCACCGUGCCCAGGUGAAGAGAUUCACCCAGGACCUCCUCAAACUGCUCAAGUUCCAGGCCAGCAAACAGGUGGCCGUCACGGACUUCAUGCAGGCCUACCAUUGGUGCUUCUCCAGAGACUGGCGGGUGCUGGACUAUGGGAUGUGUGAUCUGAUGGACCUGCUAGCUGAGAUCCCUGACACUACCAUCACCAUCACACACGAGGACGUGGACACUGUCAUCUCUGUACCCAAGAGAGAUCGUACAUCAGAUGAGAUGGAGCGGACCAAGCAGUUUGGUAAGGAGGUGGUGGACCUGCUGCGUCACCAGCCCCACUGUCGCAUGGCCUUCUCCAAGUUCAUCCCUACCUACCACCACCACUUCGGACGCCAGUGCAAACUCGCCUACUACGGCUUCACCAAGCUCAUGGAGCUCUUCGAGGCGAUCCCCGACGUACUCGUGGUGUUGGAGUGUGGAGAGGAGAAGGUGCUGACCCUAACAGAGGUAGAGCGUGUGAAGGCCCUGGCUGCCCAGCUGGUCAAGAUGCUCCGCUCCCAGAGAGACUCCAGCCUGCCUGCUGCCCAGCUACUGUCUGAGUACAGCAAGACCUUCGGCUACGGCCUGAGGCUCCAGGACUACGACGUCUCCUCCCUGCCCGCCCUGCUCGUCAACCUCUGCCACGUCGUCAAGGUGGUGGACGGCGCUAACGGCCGUGAGGUCCAGCUGAUCAACAGGAAGUCUCUGCGCUCGUUAACGUGCCAGCUGCUGUCCCUGCUGAUGGGCCUGGGGCAGCACGAGGGAGACGGCUCCGUCAGCGUGGAGGGCUUGAGUCUGCUGUAUCAUUCUGUACAUGGGGUACAGCUCAACCCCUGUGAAUACGGCUUCCUCUCGCUCAGCGAGCUGCUGAAGAGCCUGCCUUACCUGGUGGAGCUGUUCUACGGUGAGGGUGAGGAGGAAGGCGAGCGUGGCGAGGAGAGAGUUAGACUAACCCGUCUGUACCAGUUUGCCCGUAGAGUGCGUGCCCUGCUCCACACCUACCACUACCACCAGAUCUUCCUAACGGAGUUCCCCGGGGCCUACGCCAAGUUCACCGGACGCGGCCUCCAACCUCGCUCCUACGGCUACGGCAGCGUAGACGACCUGCUCAACGCCAUACCACAGGUAGUGUGGAUCAAAGGACAUGGCCACAAGAGGAUUAUCGUUUUGAAGAACGAUAUGAAAGCAGCACGAGCCACUGGAGCCAGCCCUGCAGCCUCAGAGGAGCCUGAGGACGGGGCCAGCCAGAGAGACAGCCCCUGUAGCAACACAGAGUCUGGAACUCACAGCCCAGGUGUUGGUGGGGUGGAGACAGAGCUGCUGUGUCUGACUUCUCCAGUAGACCUGCUGUGUGGCCCAGUACCCUUCUGCCUGCCCUCUCCCCAGCUGCACCCUGACCCCGUUCUCCAACAGGCUGACCUCAUCCGUUUCGAGCAGACGCCAUCACCAGCAGGUGAGCGGAUCACGUGAUCAACUGCGGUUCAA